CGUUGACGUGAAUAUCGGACUGAAAUAAGAGGCGAGCGCGUCUAUUGGGCUGCAAGCAGCUGUUAGUUCGCUACCUGACUGCGAAAGACAAUGAAACACGACAUCCCCGCGUCUGCGCUCGUUUGAUUUGAGGCAGCAGGAGGUGCAACCAUGCCAGUCUCCUUCCUGUGGGCUGUAGAUGUGUAUGGGCGAGUCUAUCACCUGUCCACGGCGGGGCAGCAGUGGGAGCAAUGUCACGAUACCCACAUGGAGUUCAAGCGGGUGACAGCGGCUCCGCAGUGCUGCUGGGGAAUCGCUUGUGACAACAAGAUCUACCUCAACGUCCGCGCUUCUGACCUGCCCAUCCGCUUCCUGGAGGACACUUAUGAGAAUCAAAGAUGGAACCCUGUGGAUGGGUUCUCUACGCGGUUGUUGCCGAGCGACCGUUGGCAGUGGAGCGAUAUCACGGGUCUGCAGCAUCAGCCACUGGACAGUUUCCAGCUUCCCUCCACAAGCUGGGAAUGGGAGGGAGACUGGUAUGUGGACAAAAAUUUUGAAGGCGAAUCCACAGAGCAGGAGGGAUGGACAUAUGCCAUAGACUUUCCAGCAACUUACUACAAAGACAAGCAGUGGAAAUCCUGUGUUCGGCGCAGACGCUGGCUCAGAUACAGGAGAUACAGAGCCAUGGACAGCUGGGCUGAGAUCCCCUCUGUGGAGACAGAACUACCAGACCCGUUCAGUGACCUCAGCUGUGGAGGGUGGGAGAUCUCUGAGGAGCCUGCUGGGCAGCUCUCAUUGUGGGCUGUGACCCUGCAGGGGAAGGUCUGGUUCAGAGAAGGUAUCUGCCACACAGUCCCCCAAGGCAAAUCAUGGGAGGAGAUGGAGGUCCCUCGGGAGGUAGUCCAGAUCAGCUGUGGCUCAAAGGACCUUGUCUGGGCCGUACUUUGGGAAGGCCAGCUCAUUGUCAGGAAAGGGAUUGGACGUGGCUGCCCUCAGGGCACUUCCUGGGAUUUGGUGGAUUCCCCAAGUCCUGAUGUAGGAGUCACUCAUGUGGCUGUGGGAGUGAAUGUGGUUUGGGCAGUAACCAAAGAUAACAAGGUUUGGUUCAGGCGUGGUGUGGACUCUCACAACCCCUGUGGCUCCGGUUGGAUCAACAUGGUGGGAGAAAUGACCAUGGUCUCUGUCGGACUGAACGAUCAGAUCUGGGGAAUCAGUAAUGAGGACCGAGCCGUCUACUUCAGACAGGGCGUCACCUCCAGUGAACUCAGUGGGAAAACCUGGAGAGCCAUUGUUGUUCCCAGAGACCGGGAUCGGGCUCUCUCCAGUGGCAGUGCGAGCAGCCUCCAGAGUGCUGGAUGUUACUUCACUGGUGAAGUCAGGGCUCCGUCUGCGGCAAGUGAUGUUGAGUUAGAGCCGGAUAAACUUUCCACAGACAUGACCUCUCCUGCGGCAGCUGGGGAUACUGUAACAAAUCCACCAAGCCAAACUACUGAGCCCCCUGUGCUUCACAUUCCCAAGGUCACCAGCGACAGCUUUAUCUCUGAGCUGGUGUCUGACCGUGAGGCAGGAAAAAUGUCUACGUCAGCGGCCCCUGCCAUCCUGGUGGAAGAGACCCCAUCUGAAACUGGACCUGAGGUCCUGUCGCCUGGCGACCCUCGCUGGAGUAAUGUGGAUCUAGAGCCCCAAACUAGUGUCAUGCAGGACAACGCUGACACCUGCAGCCUGUCCUCUGUUACUACAUUCACUUUGUACAUGGAGGACCAGUAUGGAGGAGACGAUCACCCUCUGUGGGCCUGGGUCAGUGGAGGAGGUUGUUCUGUGGACUGUCACUCACACCUCAACUGGUUCAGCAACCCCAUGAAUACUUCACUUUUGUCUCAGUCCCUUCACUCCAUGAGUUUGUCGAUGACGCCGGCUCAGACUGCUGCAUGGAAGAAGGAUAUCUUUGACCAACUCAAUGAGAGAACCAAGAGAGAGAUGGACAACUUCAGACAUUUUGAACAAGCCAUUGAGCAGUCUGUGUGGGUGAAGAAGGGCGCCAUGCAGUGGUGGAGGGACUGGAAGCCUCACAAGUGGGUGGACGUUCAGUUUGCUCUCGAGCAGUUUGCAGGCACUGACGGCAACAAAGAUGGCAUCCUCUUUGUGUAUUACAACUUCAAUGAAGUUAAAAAGUACCUACACGCCUUCAUCAACGAGGUCACCAUCCUGGUUCCUGUGCUUAAUGACUCCAAACACACCUUUGCUGUUUACACACCGGAGCGAACCAAGCAGCGAUGGCCCAUUCGACUGGCAGCAGCCACAGAACAGGAGAUGCACGACUGGCUGGGCCAGUUAAGCAUGUCCUGCUGUGACUCCAGAGGGAUCCGGGGUCCCCCAUCAAAACAAGCCAUCUGGUCAACCACCUGCAAAGGUGACAUUUUUGUCAGCGAGCCCACGCCUGCCCUGGAGGCCAUGCCCUACCCCACACCCUGUGAUCAGAUGUUCUGGAGGCAUGUGGGAGGUCACCUACGUGUGAUUGAGUCUAAUAGUGUGGGAAUAGUUUGGGGUAUCGGUUAUGACAACACCGCAUGGGUCUACACGGGCGGCUACAGGGGAGGCAUCUUCCAGGGUCUUUCCAGCAGCUCAGAUCGUAUCUACACCCAGACGGAUGUGAAGAGCGUCUACAUCUAUGAGAACCAGAGGUGGAACCCAGUGAGUGGAUACACCAACAGAGGUCUACCCACAGACCGCUACAUGUGGAGUGAUGCGUCUGGUCUACACGAGUCGACAAAAACGGGCACGAAACCUCCCUCCCCUCAUUGGACAUGGGUAACUGACUGGUCGGUGGACUAUAAUGUGUUCGGAGGGACGGACAAAGAAGGGUGGCAGUAUGCUGCUGACUUCCCAGCGUCCUACCAUGGCCACAAGACCAUGAAGGACUUUGUGCGUCGCAGGCGGUGGGCCAGGAAGUGUAAACUGUCCACCUCAGGACCCUGGCAAGAAAUUCCACCCAUCCCCCUGUGUGACGUGAGCAUCCUGCCGUGUGCAGCUCAGAGUAGCGUGGAAGAGGUUCCUGUGUGGGCCAUCAGUAAGAAGGGGGAAGUGCUCUGCCGACGGGGAGUCACAGCACUCAUACCUGCCGGGUCAUCGUGGCUUCAUGUAGGAACCGACCAGCCCUUCAAAUCCAUCUCCAUUGGAGCAGCUAGUCAGGUGUGGGCCAUCGCUAAAGACGGUUCACCCUUCUACAGGGGUUCCGUGUCUUCAGAGAAUCCUGCAGGCGAUUGUUGGUACCACAUCCCCUCGCCAGCCAAGCAAAAGCUGAAGCAAGUGUCAAUAGGGAGAACAUCAGUGUGCGCUGUUGAUGAAAACGGUAACUUGUGGUACAGGCUGGGCGUGACCCCCAGCUACCCUCAGGGCUCCUCAUGGGAACACAUCUCGAAUAAUGUACGCAAAGUCUCCGUCGGGCCUCUGGAUCAGGUUUGGGUUAUCGCAGACAAAGUGCAGGGCAGCCACAGCCUGAGCCGCGGGACUGUGUGCCACCGACUGGGGGUGCAGCCCCUGCAGCCCAAAGGAACCUCAUGGGACUACGGCAUUGGGGGCGGCUGGGACCACAUCACAGUCAGGGGCAACUCCAUGGAGCCGCCCCAUAUCCGCCUGCCAGCUGCAACAUCCUCGUUGACCCCACAAGCUGACCUGAUCUCAGAGGUCAACAGCAGUCCUCUCGGACCUUAAGACAUUCACUCUUUAAAGCACAGUCGUUUUUUUAUGAACCAAAACCCAACUAAUCAUGUAAUAGAUUUACUUUUUUUAUACCAUGAAGCACGAGCCAAAUUUUAAGGGAAUAUGGUGAUGUGAAUAACGUAUGCAACAAUUGAAUCACACUCAUCGCUCGACGAUGAGCAGCACAUUUCACUGCUGAAAAGUUUAGAAACAACAGGCUAGUAACGUCUGAAGUGUCAAUCGUUGGUGGCAGCUGCUGAAGUUGUAAAUAAAUGGAAUAAGACAAAAUGUUUGUCAGCUCCAAAUAGCAUAAGUGCAAUGAGUAGUGUCUGUAAGGGACGGAAAACAGUGUAAACAAGCUCGUGCUGAACCUUCCUCUUUCUCAUAGCUUGAAAUUUGCAUCUACUUCCUUCACACGUCCUUGAGUGACUGAGCAGGGACUGAACACUUCUUAAACACUGGAGUAGAAAGUUGAACAGGUAGUUUCCAACUGUAGCUUCACGGUGUUAGAUGUGCUGGUGUCUGUUGAUAAACUUUGAUGUUAAAAGUGGACCUAAAUACAAAUGAAAGCACCAGGGUAGUUUAUAUAUGUGUGUGUGUGUUUCUCAGGCGACUGUGUAAGUAUGUGUCUGUUCUGUCUGUCAACAUGGUCUGUAUGAGAAAUGCAUGAUUGAAAGUCAAUAAAUAAAUAUGUUU